GCCCUGCACUUCUUUACUCGCAAGCCCUGCGCUGCGCUGCUGCCAUGUGUGAAUGCGUUUCUUUUCCGUCUGGCCAAUCUUCCUGGCAGCCGGGGAGCCUUUGUCUGAUGCCCCGUUUAUGUCCUGUGAGGGCACAGACGUCAUCAAGAGGGUUACCUGGGAGCAUGUGCACAUCCUGGUGGACAAGUGGCCCGAUAUCGACCUACCACACUCCCGCGUCAUCCGUAAGGUGCUCUGGGCGAUCACGCACAAUGAGAUGUUGGAGGAGCACUUCCAGGACUGCGGAUUCGCCCUGGCAACGAUCAUCUUAGUGGCCUUGAGGGCCAUUGACUAUGACGAUGGUCCUGAAGAAGCACAAAAGAUGUUUCUCUACUUGACGGAGCAGGUGCUUCCCAGGUUGGAGCCCCACAUGGCCUUGGCCGCGCGCGACGACUGGGCCUUGGACCUGACGGAUCUCAGGAUCUAUCCAUUUCUCCUUGGACUGACUCCACAGCACAACUGCUACGAGAGCGACCUGCGCAUCUUCGUCUACGACCUUCCGCAGCUGACGCGAGGGGUGCUGCAUUGCCACCACGGACAGUGGGGAUUGGAAGCCUUGAUUCCACACUGGCUCCGCCGUGGCUCCUGCCGGACUGAAGACCCAGAGGAGGCGGAUUUCUUCUUGGUUCCAUGGCAUACCUGGUGCGAUCGCAUUGUCUACAAGAUGAACCAAACCCGGCGCGAAGUCUCUGCAGUGUACAUCGAUCUCAUGAAACGAAGGCAUGAAGUCCUACCUCAUUGGACGAAGAAUGAUGGUCAUGAUCACGUGUUCAUCUUCUCCGACCAGGGCAUGAAUUUCUUCCCAGAAUGGCGAGACUACAUCCCUAACUCGGUCUUCGUGGUCACUGAAGCACUGACACCCCGCUGUGGUCCAAGCUGUUUCAAUCCCUGGAAGGACUUGGUGAUUCCUGGGCACACGGACUUCUUCCGUGCUCGGCGGAUGGCAUCCUUCAACCUGCCCAGUGAGCAACGUAGCCUGCUCUUCAACUUUCAUGGUCGUCAUCCGGGGCUCAACGACUUGUACAAGAAGAAUUUUGUGCGUGGCAACAUCAUGCGGGUCUUCGAUGGUCUGGACGGGGUCAGCGUGGGAGGCUUCACGGACGACUACUUCGAGCGCAUGGGUUCCUCCCACUUCUGCCUCGUGCCCAUGGGAACCUCGUCUUGGACGAACCACCUCUAUGAAGCCUUUUUCGCGGGAUGCAUCCCGGUGAUUCUGAGCGAUGGCUUCAAGGUGCCCUUUGAGGACUUGCUGGAUUGGCCAAGCUUUUCGAUCAAGUGGCCCAUGACUGACGUGAGCCUGGAUCUCUACCACUUCCUGAGGAAUAUUCCCCUGAACCGCUUGCGGCAGAUGAAGGCCGCCGUUGAUGCCCACCGCUGCUGGUUUGACUGGCAUGAGAUGUCCGAUCCGACGGUGUCCGGCAGCGUGUGCUCACCUUACUUGGCCAUUUUAAAGGAGCUGGAGAGGAAGCAAAAGGUGCUUCCUCAGACGUCGAAGCCUUUCUGGCGACAUGGAAAGGAAGAGGCCUGAAUAGCUGGCUAACAACAAGAACAGUUUCGGAGAAAAAGAG